AUGAUUCGGUUGUGUGUUACAUUCAAAAGAGUAGUUGAUGGUGAUAGGAGUAAAGUCCAGUUCGAUCUGAAUAAGUUCCCAGCUGAUACUAGCGAUGGUUGUAAUGUGGAAGUUGAUGUAGGAAAAUCAGUAGGUAUUAUUUCAAGGAAUUCACCUAAGCCGACUAAUGAUGUAUUAGAAAAGCCUACUGAUGCUAAUCUUGGUGAUGUUGUUGGUUUAAAGUUGGAAGAUUCAAUGGUAAAAAAGGGUGAAUAUUUUAGCAGUAAGGAAGCUUUACAGGCUACUAUGGAAAUGACUCCAUCUGCAAGAACAAUUGGACAUCUCAUUAAGCAAAGUUAUGAGGGUGUGAAGGAAGGUCCUAAACCAAAUGAUAUAGUUAAUAUUAUUCGUUCAAGGUAUGGCUGCGAGCUAACAUAUCACCAAGCUUGGGAGUCUCGGGAGUAUGCAGUUAACGAAGUUAGAGGAAUUCUUGAGAAAAGUUAUGCUAAGAUUCCAAAAUACUUGCCCAUGCUACAAGAAGCGAAUCCUGGGGUUCUCCUAGUUGCUACAGCUGUAGAUGGUAACUCCAAUUUGUAUCCAAUCGCAUUUGGAAUUGCUGAUUCUGAGAAUGAUUAUAGACAUACAUCGAUUGCUAAAUCAAUUGGAAACAUCUAUCCAUUGGCUAAACAUGGUAUUUGCAUCCACCACUUGCUUAGCAAUGUGAUAACAUAUCAUAAGGGAAGAGGUGUCGCUGAGGAAGCCGAUGUGACAAAAUGGGCUCGCUGUCAUUUUCUGGGUUAUAGGUAUGAUAUUAACACCAACAAUGCAGCUGAAUCAAUUAAUGCUGCUUUGAGGACACCCAGAGAGUAUCCAAUAAUUCCUUUGUUAGACAGCAUCAGAGAAAUGAUGACACACUGGUUUUAUGAGAGUAGAGAGUUAAGUGCAAAGCAUAAAGAUCUUUUAACUGUUGAGGUGGAGAAAAAGAUUUCAAGAAGAAUAGAGAAAGGUAAAUUCAUGAACGGUUAUUUGAUGAGCAGAUCGCAGAUCCAGGUUAAAGGUAAUGGAGUAGACUACAUUGUUGACUUAGAAAGAAGGACUUGUUCAUGUGGAAAGUUCAGCAUCCAAAAACUCCCUUGUAGACAUGCUAUAAAAGGAGCUUUUGAUAUAGGCAAGGAUCUAUAUCCUUAUGCUGAUGAUGUGUAUACCACUACCGCAUGGAGAUUGCAAUAUGAGGAAACUAUUAAUCUAAUAGGUGUUCCUGAAGAAGAAUGGCGAGUCCCACACCAUGUUGAAGAUGCAAAAGUUCGACCACCUGAAACAAGAAGACAUCCAGGACGGUGA